ACUUCCCGCCGGGACGGGACGGGACGGGAACGGCGGCGCCCCGCUGGGCUCCUCCUGAGGCGCUGUGCGGGCGAUGCCUCUCGCCGCCCGGCUCCUGGCUCCCGGGGCGCGGCGGCUCUCGGCGGCGGCCCCUGCCCCCGCUGCCCGCUCGGGCGCCCCGAGAGCAGGUUUGACUGUAGGUACCAAAGCGGGGAUCGACGGCGCAUAAAGAUGCUGAAGGGUGUUUGGUUGCUCAGUUUGUUAACAGUGGCUGGGAUCUCGCGGACAGAGAGUCGCAAACCUGCCAAAGACAUUUGCAGCAAGAGCCGCUGCCCUUGUGAGGAGAAGGAGAACGUGCUGAACAUUAAUUGUGAAAACAAAGGAUUUACAACCGUCAGCCUCCUCCUGCCGCCACCAUCCAAGAUCUACCAGCUGUUUCUCAAUGGGAACGCACUGACCCGCCUGUUCCCCAAUGAGUUCGUCAACUACUCCAAUGCCGUGACCCUCCACUUGGGCAACAACGACAUGCAGGAGAUCCGCACAGGGGCCUUCAGCGGCCUUCGCACCCUCAAGAGGCUGCACCUCAAUAACAACAAGCUGGAAGUGCUGAAGGAAGACACGUUCCUGGGCUUGGAGAGCCUGGAGUACCUGCAGGCUGAUUACAAUUACAUCAGUGCCAUUGAAGCAGGGGCAUUCAGCAAGCUAAACAAGCUCAAGGUGCUGAUUCUCAACGACAACCUCCUGCUGUCCCUGCCCAGCAAUGUCUUCCGCUUCGUGCUCCUCACUCACCUGGACCUGAGGGGGAACCGGCUGAAGAUGAUGCCUUUUGCUGGUGUACUGGAGCACAUUGGAGGCAUCAUGGAAAUCCAGCUGGAGGAAAACCCUUGGAACUGCACCUGCGACUUGCUGCCACUCAAGGCCUGGCUGGACACCAUCACCGUGUUUGUGGGCGAGAUAGUCUGCGAAACCCCCUUCAGGCUUCAUGGAAAAGAUGUGACCCAGCUCACCAGGCAAGAUCUCUGCCCUAGGAAAAGCUCCAGCGAUUCAAACCAGAGGGAAAAACAUCCUGUCCUCUCAGACCCGCACAUCUCCAGGCUAUCGCCCACAGCCAACUCUGCCAUGAAUCCCACCAGAGCCCCGAAAGCCAGCCGGCCACCCAAAACCAGGAACCGCCCCACCCCCCGUGUCUCUGUGUCAAAAGACAGGCAAAUAUUCGGACCUAUCAUGGUUUACCAGACAAAGUCUCCAGUGCCCAUCACCUGCCCAGCUGGCUGCAUCUGUACGUCACAGAGCUCAGACAAUGGCUUAAAUGUUAACUGCCAAGAGAAAAAGAUCAGUAACAUCUCCGAUCUCCACCCCAGGCCAACCAGUCCAAAGAAACUUUACCUUACCAGUAACUAUCUGCAAGUCAUUUAUAGAACCGAUCUCACAGAGUACAGCUCUCUGGAUUUGCUACAUCUAGGAAAUAACAGAAUUGCAGUGAUACAAGAAGGUGCCUUUACAAACCUCACAAGUUUACGUAGACUUUAUCUUAAUGGCAACUACCUUGAGAUCCUGUACCGCUCUAUGUUUGAAGGGCUGCACAGCCUGCAAUAUCUCUACCUAGAGUACAAUGUCAUUAAGGAGAUCCUGCCACGCACAUUUGAUGCUCUGAGUAAUCUUCAUCUCUUGUUUCUCAACAACAACCUGCUCAGAUCCUUGCCUGACAAUGUCUUUGGCGGCACUUCCCUCACCAGACUCAACCUUAGAAACAAUCAUUUCUCACACCUGCCUGUGAGAGGAGUCUUGGACCAGCUUUCAGCUCUAAUUCAGAUAGACCUCCAGGAGAACCCUUGGGACUGCACAUGUGACAUCCUGGGGCUGAGGAACUGGAUAGAGAAAGUCACUGACCAGAACAACCAGCAGUCAAAUCCCCCCGUAGUUAUCAAUGAAGUCAUAUGCGAGUCUCCCACCAAGCACUCUGGAGAGCAUCUGAAAUUCCUGAGCAAAGAAGCCAUCUGCCCAGAGAACCCCAACCUGUCAGAUUCUUCUCUCCUCUCCAUGAACCAGAACACAGAUACACCCCAUCUCCUCGGUGUCUCACCCAGCUCCUACCCAGAAUUACACACCGAAGUUCCACUGUCUGUCUUAAUUUUAGGAUUGCUGGUUGUGUUUAUUUUGUCAGUUUGUUUUGGGGCAGGCCUGUUUGUCUUCGUCCUUAAGCGCCGGAAGGGGGUGCAAAGCAUGCCCAGCAGUGCCAACAACGUAGAUAUAAGUUCAUUUCAGCUCCAGUAUGGGUCUUACAACACUGAGACCCACGAUAAAACUGAAGGACAUGUUUAUAACUACAUUCCCCCUCCUGUUGGACAGAUGUGCCAAAACCCAAUUUACAUGCAAAAGGAAGGGGAUCCAGUUGCCUAUUACAGGAAUCUCCAUGAGUUUAGCUAUAGCAGUCUUGACCACAAAAAGGAAGACCCCACCAGUCUUGCAUUUACCAUCAGUGCAGCUGAAUUACUGGAAAAGCAGUCCUCGCCGAGGGAACCAGAGCUUCUGUAUCAAAAUAUUGCAGAAAGGGUCAAGGAACUGCCCGCCGGAGGAUUAGUUCAUUAUAACUUUUGUACCUUACCCAAAAGGCAGUUUGCCCCUUCAUAUGAGUCAAGACGCCAAAACCAGGACAGGAUAAAUAAAACUGUUUUAUAUGGAACUCCCAGGAAAUAUUUUGCAGAACAGUCUAAACCCGAGCAUCCUUUACUCCAAGGAAAGCUACAAACAGAACCAGACUACCUCGAAGUUCUGGAAAAACAAACUGCAAUCAGUCAGCUGUGAGGGGGGAGGUGGGAGACAAAGGAAAAUUUUUUAAAUGAGCUCAGCAUCACUUUUCAUUGAGUCUGAACUCAGUGCUGAUAUCAUCUGUCACAUUCCCAACGUUUCCACUUUUUUAAAUCAGAGAGGGAGAGAGAGAGAAAAGGAACCUGUGCAGCAUAGCAGGAAUAUGGUGUUGCUUUUGCAACAUUCUCUUUAAGUUAUUUCUCUCUCCUUUUGACCCUUCUGUAGGAACUGUCACUGCAAAUGUACCUUUCUGUAAUAGAUCUUGCAUAAUUCUUUUUGAUUUUGAAGGAAAUGAGGAAGGGGGUCUUUGGGUUUUCUGUUUUGUUUUGUUGGUUUUUUUUUUUCUUUUCAUUUCAAAGUGGAAACUUAAUGUAUUAUGUAGAAGAUCUCCAAAGAUCUUUUUUCCUGGACUAUGACUUUCUUUUGUAAAUAAUAAUAUACAGUACUGCUAUUUCAAUUACCAACUAUAGCCACUGGGCGUCACUUUUUUGUGUUAAAGUGCCUUUGCACUUUAAGUACAUUAUUACUUAAUUGUUGCUCUUAGCUUUGAUAAAUUGAACCUAUUUUAAUGUGUUGUAUUUUUGAAAUUAAAAAAAAAUUGUAAAAUAGAUCUAUAUGUCAGCUGCAUUAAAUCAGAAGGUUUGAUUUAUAGGAAAGCUGCCCUUCUUUAAAUGACUCUAGUUCUAGGACCUUACAGACUCAAAUGUAAAUUAUUGGGGUAUUUUUUUUCCUUCUAGGUUUGUUUAGAGUGAUCCACUGAAACCAACUGAGAGGAUUUAGCAAUGGACUAGAGGUUAUCAAAUGCCUCAGCUGGGAAUAACAGCUCAUUAAUAAAAGAUGUUUAACACAAUGUCAUAGUGAACUGAACAAUUAAUGUCCUUCUUAAUACAUUGCAUUGCAGUUCUAACACAGUAAUGUUCAGUGGCUUAAGAUUAUUUUCAUACUUAACAUUGCUCGUAAUAUUUUAUGCAUUAAAUUAGGUAUUUUUAUACAUUUUGUGACAAGAGUUUAUAUUUGUAACUUUUUGGACUGAAAUUAACAUGUCCUUUUCCUGCCAGAUACAUAUUUUUUUCAUAAGCAGGGACACCAGCAGGGGUCAUCCCACACCUCAUUAAAUUUAUUAACAUACAGGCAAAUGAACCCAUGCCAAAGGUAAAAUUUGAACCUGGGUCUCUGGAUUCCUCCAAAUCAAGGAAGCCAAAAUCAGUACGUGCACCACACUAACUUUCAGUAGUCUGAAUUAUGUCUAGUUUUCAGUCUCUAAAGGAAAAAGUAAUGCUGCAAUAAUUCUAAUCUGCUAGAGAAAACUACCAUUAAGUUCAUUAUUUUAAAUUUUGUAAAAUGUUUUAAGUUAACUGAGUUCCAUUCUCAGCGUUGGUUUUCCUAAGCCCUUCAGUGAACAAAUGCCAUAAGUCUUCUCCUUUCCCAUUAACUCGGGCCUGUUUUGCUUCAAGCUUUAUGUUAUCACCUCCAAUUUACAUUUCCUUCCUGCAGAAUAUUGAAACCAUUUUUAUUAACAAGUAUACAGUCAAACUUUAUUAAGCCUUAUUAGCUUCUAAAUAAUUUUUUAGAUGCAAACAUUAUUGUGCGAUUUAAACAAACAGCCCUUAUUUACAACAAAAACAGUUUUGUUUUGUCUAUUCUAAAUCCUUAUGCAACUGGGAUGGUGAUCUGCAUAUAAAGUAGGCCAGGCUUUUCAAUUCCUUAUUAAAGCAAUUGAUGGAGUCUGAAAGAAGCACACUGUUUCCUUUUCAUAAAUAGGUUACUGCACAUAAUAAUCCUUUAUUAUCAUGCGGAGAUUGAAGUGGCCUCUGCUGACUGAUUUUUAGGGCUUUACUAUAGUUAAUAGUACAGUAUCUACAACUUGGAGAAAUUUUCAGCAAUAGCAUUUAAGCUAUAAAUAACUACAAUCAAUGUUGUUCUAAUCAGGACUUUGCCAAAAGGAAGUUGCUUUAUAUUUAAGAGCUAAAGGGGCUUUGCAUGUGAUAUCACCAGAUAUCUGAGUCAUUCAGUAAACUGUCUUCUAAUGAUUUAUGUGACAUUUGGGUACAUUAAUAUGCUAACGUGUCAAUUCUUUAUGUUUAGAGUCCAUAGCAUCUAUGGCUGUUCAUUAGAUCAGGUUUAAAAGUGAAGUGCUACAAUGAACUCCUGAAGAAUCAGUCUUCAAAAUGGUCUCACCUCAAGAAGGAGGCGAAAUGGUUAUCACUGUAGUUGAACUUGGAACAUUUGACUGGAAUAGCAUCCGUCUUUGAGCAAGGUACUUGCUUGAAAGCUUCCAGUAGUGACUGUCUUAUUAUGGCUCCUUUCCCUGGGUAAUUAAAAACGUUUAUUACUGAAACACUAAGAAAAGUAUAAGUAUUAUUUUAAAAUAAUUAACUUCUUUCCAGGUAUGAUUUUAGUAUUGCCUGCAAAACAAGUACCAUGUUACAUCUGGCAGCAUCUAGGGUACUAUUACUUAUUAUUCACAAGCAAACCAGAAGCAAUUACAGGGGUUUUUUCCUCAGAAAAAUGCUAAUUUUUCCAUCAGAAAUGUUUUUAAUUUCCUUGUGUUUGCAAACAACAGAGAUGGGAAAUUGGUUCUUUUAGUAACUUUAUAUUGUUUGUUUUUACUGCUUCAGUAUCAGACAACUUUCAUGUUUGCCUUGGUAGCACAGCCAUACUUUAUAGAGGUUGCUGUUGCUUUACAUUUCCUUGUGGAAUUUAUUUAAGGACUAGAUUUUAUUUUGCAUCACCAGUACCAGCUUAAAAAUCAUUAUUGCUGUAGGUCUUUUAGGUUUGUUUUUAUACCCUUCGGCUGACAUCUAUUAAGCAAUUCUUUUCAUAGCUUGUCCAGGUGAGAGAGAAGAUUUUUUUCAGUUACGCUUAAAGAGAUUUGUUUAACAGGGAAAGUGUGUCAGCAGCUGCUGGAUAGAAGGUCUCCACGUUCCUUCAGCUGUGCAGCCCUGGAAUCUACUGCUUGUUAGGGGGAGAGCAGUGGCUUUAUAAUGAGUCUGAAAAAAAUUUCCUUCAUAGUUUGAAAAGUUGGACUGUGAAAUUAUGUAACCAGGUUAGCAAAGUAUUUUUUUUCCCCCUCAGGAAAGUGGGAUGCAAAUAGUUUUCUUUCUUCCUAAGUUUUCUUUUGUGAAAGUGGACAUAAUGACCUUUACAGAAGCAGUAACUGUGCAGACUGAAGCACUGUGGAAGCUAUGCUGUUAUCUCCAGUGAAAAUAAGGGGCAGUGCACUUCCAAAGCAUGAAUACAUUCUUUUAAGACACCUUUCUAGGUUAAGCAUUAGGUUUACCAACAUACUUCCUCUUUUCUCCCCACAAAACAAAUGCCACUUUUUGCAGAAGGGUCUGUACUUUGAGUGCUCAAAUCUGCUGCAGAGCCACUCCAAACGCCCACUGAUAGUCCUUGUUUCUGCAGUCUCUGUUUCCCAUCCAACUCCAUCCUACUGGGCUCCAGCAUUAGCUCAGUUCCUACCUCACCUCUAGUAAUUGCUUCCAAAGCCCCCACCAUGUAAUGCCCCAGCCUUUUCCACUUGUACCCAUCCCCUAAGCACUCCUUUCCUUCCCUAGAAAGUUCUGGAGGGCCUAUUUCAGCCUUGAGCUAAAGUCCCUGCCCCACUGAGAGGCCAGCCCUUACCUCCUCUUUUGACAUUGCUGAGUGGCCCAACGUGAAACGAGACACCUGAUCCCAGUGGUAUUCCUGGGGGCUGUGCUGGAGGAAGGUCUUCCUAACUGUCCCCUCUUCUACUCCUUGGGCAGAGAAGAGAAGCCUAAGAUCCCAUAGCAUUUCAGUUUCCAUGCAGGAUUGCCUGUGUGCCAACCCUGGCCGUUUCUGCAGCGUUCCUGAGUGAGAACAAAUGGAUGAGCUCUCUGAAACUACUGACAUCACAUCCCACUUCGCUGUAAUUUUGGCGAGUUGUCUUCAGCAUGAGCUAAUCUUGCCAAAAUUAGCUACUAAAAUUUCAAACUCAAACUGGUUGUGUAGCAUCUCUAGAGUAAAUAGCAAAAAACCAGGCUGUUCAAAGGUGAUUUAUUCCCUCUCAAAAAUAUAUGGCAUGGAUUGGCUACAGAUAUACCUGGUUUUUUCCAGGAAUAGUAGGAAAGGAUAGAUGAUGAGCACUGAUAAUACUGAUUCCUACAUAGCUUGGUCAGCCUAGCACACCCACAUGCAACAUAUAGAUGUGCUCUGCUGAGUAUCUGCCAGUCUCUACCCCAAGACAUUUCCAUUCUGUCCAUGAAAAAUACUCCCUGUGGAGUUUAUAGCCUGCUUUGGUCAAAUGCACCGGGUUUUUAUAACACCUUCUUGUGCUGAUAGAGAACUACACGGUAGGCUUCAGUUUUGGGGUUUUUUCCAUCAAUACUUGAGUUUGUAAAAUAAAAACUACACUUUUUAAAGUUAGAAGCUGCGAUUAAUAAUGUCAGACUAAGGAUCCCAAUGAGUUAAAUUGCCUAAAUGAGAGUCUCAUAGAAUACUGAGCUUGUAUAGGAAUACAAAUGCAAUAAUUUUAAACUGCUCAUGAGUGAAAUGAGAUACUGGAAAUGUUAAUGAAACUUCUUAGGUUCUUAUAGGCUAAUCACUGAUACAGUUUGUGAUUUUUCAUAUUACUGGUUUUGCAGACAAUAAAUGUCAUUUAACAGAGAGAGAGGAAAAAAAAACACCCUCUUUUCCCAAGACCUCCCCCAACUCCAAAAUAACAGAUAAAUUAACUUAUGCAGAUGAUGUGACACUUGUGGUAUAUUUCCCUUCACUUUUUCAAAGCGUUCCAUAGGAGAAGUACAAAAGUUAUUCUUUUCUAAGAGGAUCAUUAAGUCUGUUUGGAUUAUUGAUCUCAUAGCUUUUCUGGGCACAAGGCCAAGCAUUUUGACUAAGGUUUUUAAUCCUAGCUAAUGAGGGAGGUGGAUUAAUGAGAAGUUUUUUGUGGGUUUUUGUGUUCUUAGAGGGUUGGUUGGGUUUUUUUGAACCCGUAGAUUGACAUGUUUAUUAAUACAGAUGAAUAGAUUGUUUUGAAUGAAAGAAAUGUUGGAGUGGCAGUCGGAGAUGCAGUCAUUCUAAACACCAAAUAGGCUCAAGAGUAGGAGUGAAGUUUGAAAAACAAGGCAUCAUAAAAGUGGGUUUUUUUCCCUGAAAUCCUGAAAACAGAGGACAGCCCUUUGAGUGCAGCAGAUUUUGUUACAUGCUGUUAACCAUUUGGAGGGGUGAAAUUAGAGGCCAGAUGCACUUCCAUUGUCUUUAAGGAUACACUGAAGUGCUCAGAAUUUGGUCCCCAUCUCUGAUUGUUACCCCCUGUGCACACAUCUGCAUUACCACUGGUUGUGCACUACACUUGGAAAAAGUAAGCAAGGUGAACUUUUUGGAAGAGUAGAACUAGCUGCAGUAUUUCUGAAUGGUUUUUGUUUCUAUUUUAAAAAGUGCAAUGAAUUAACCAUUUGUGCACUUAAUGCCAUAGAUUUUUAACUUCUAAGGUCUGUUAUACAAACUAAAUUUUCAGCAAACUGUUCAGAUCAAUAUUUGUAGCUACUUACAAAACAAGAGCACUGCAAAACAUAGAGGCUGACCUUAAGAGGGAAGGUGGCACUACCAUUUAGCAAUCAAGGUAACGUAAAUCCAUAUUUGCAGGACAACAGAAAUUACAGCAGCACAACAAAGUAUCUGCAAUAUGACAAUGUUGAUUCUUUGUGGGGACAGACCAGGUAUAGGAUUUGCAUCUUGGCAACACAGAUUCCUUGUAUCUUCUCUUCUUGCCCUCUGUGUGCAUUGCUCUCCAGAAAUAUUAGACACCAGUUACCUUCUGAGUAGGAGGCAGUACAGCCCUUUUAAGAAUGCUGUCUGCAUUGGAAAAAAGCACAACUAAUGUAUACAGGCCUGUUGCAGUUAUCUCCUCUUGAGAUAAAACUUAUUUCCAUACAAAAGCCUGGAAAAAAAAAUCCCUUGAGAUCACUGAUAAUAUGGCAGAGUUUAUUUUUAAGCAUCUUGAUUUUAGUUCUAAGAGCCUCUCAACUGAGAGGCAAAGGAAGUGGAGUUAAGGCAGUUAUUUCUCAUGCUGUAAACUUUUUUACUUCUCCCCAAGGAUUUGUAACAGAUUUGGUACAUUGGCAUGAGUGACAAUAAUCUUAUCAAAUAAGGGCAAUCCUAUUGAACUCACUCAGUUGUGAGUGGCAGAGGGGAGAGAAAAAUGGUUAUGUCCUCUUACUGUCACCUAAAAUGUCACUGGGGAGUUUUCCAGACUGAAGGCUCAUUCCCAUAAAUCUGAAGUCAACAUACUCCAAGUUCAUACUCAAGUCACUAAGUAUGAGAUUUUCAGAAAUAUUUGAGUGAUGGGACAUUUUGUCUGUCACAUCUCUUGCUCCUGAGAGGGUGAGGUUUUGCUUGGAAUCAUUGGUUUAUUCUAUCUCUUCUGAAUUUUAAUUCUUGAUUAUUCCUGACUAUAGUCUUGCUAUGGAGGGCAGAUGGAAUACGCUCAGCUAAAUCUUUGUUUUUCCUUUAUCUUAUUUCACAAGUUGCCAAGUUCCUCAAGUGCCAGGCAGCUGAGACUUGAACAAGUCAGAAGUUUCAGAAACUCAGUGAUCCACUCAAGUGAGCAAAGCUUUACCAAAGCUUUACUGCUCCCAUCACAUCUGCUGUGUUCUGCUGAGCUGUUGAUUUUAUUCAGAUGUAUUCCAACUCGAAACAAAUGCACACUAAUAAGUAUCUAUGUAAAACCUUAUAAUAUUCAGCUUACAUGCUUACUUACAAUAGAAAAAAGAGAGGGAGUUAGAGGUUGGUAAAAGCCUUUCAAAUUUUCUGGGCUUUUUUUUCCUGAAUGUUUCAGAGGGAUUUAUUAUGAUUCCUAGUGAAUCAAAUGGAAUUCCAAUAGUGUUGUGUAGGUUUUUUGUGGUUUUGUGCAAGAUAGUGGGGAGCAGGGGAGGGGGAAGGGAGAAAAAGGCAAAUUAUAAUUGUCUUAACUGUCAAGAUAUUACAAGGAGACUACCAGAAAGCUAAGGACUUCAGUUUAUGACUUAAAGAGCUUACACAAGUGCCUAUUUUUUUGUGGAACAUCUAAAGGAAACGGUACACAGGCUGCUUUCCCAAAGGCUAAGGGAACUAGACAGGCAAUUCCCUGGGAGAGCUGAGAAAUCCCAGACUUAAAGUUAGAGUAGGUUUACUAUAAUUCUGACAUAAAGCAUGGCUUAUGUGAAAAGACAAUGAUAAUGGGGAAAAUGCUUAAUGCUACAGUUAAUUAGUGGUAUAGUUUUUAGCCUGUGUUUUCUGAUACCAUAUUUACCAUUGCAUCCAACUCAUAAGCUACUUACUACAGCUGAGUGGAUAAUUCUUAUUUAUUGAUGUGCCCUUCUUUUCCGUAAUGCAAUGUUGACAAAUUUGUUUGAUGGUGGCCUAAGUUUUCCAUGGCUUCUUUUUGUUCUCCAAAUAAUGCAUGGGAAGAAUUCCUAGCAGAGGAGUCCUAAUGGAUAAUUCAUAGUGAAUGCCUAAAAUUGAACUACCAAGGACUGGGUUUAUAUUUUUGUAUUUAUUUAUUUAUUUGCUUCGAGAGGGAGGCAGUGGGCCUAGUUAACAGCUGAUUUGCUGGGAACUGAAAAAAUUAGUGUUCUCUGUUUGGUUCUGCCAGUGCCCUUGCACAAGGCAUACCUGUGUCCCCAUGCUUUAAUUUCUGCAUCAUUAAAUAAGGAGGAUGGUACUUCCUGCCUUAGUCUAGUGAGAUUUACUGAUGAGAAUUGUUGGGUAUAAUUGUUUUUCAAAGAGAGUGCUUGGUGGCUUUAUAGUUUCUUCCAAAUGCAGCAAUAGUGCACUGCUUCUUACCCUGGUAUAUAUUUUUUAAUCUAAGAAGGUGGCGUGUACACGUCAGAUUAAGUUUAGUUUUCUGGUUUUGCAGCUAAAAACAGACCAUAAAGAUUACCUUGUAAAAGGAAAAGAUACUGUCUUCUUGUAAAAGGAGAUGAGAUGCAUGGAAUGAAAUGGGGAGGGUGGGAAAAGCUACAGUCUGUUUUUAAACUGUUGGAAAUGCACAGUAUCCCAUCUCCUCAGUUUUUCCUCUCUGGCUGAGUUGAAUCAUCUUGUCUGUUUCUGCCCUAUAGAAUCCUUUCAGAAAUAGUUCUUAGCAUACCAGUUAUUUUUUUAUUCACCCUUUUUUUAUUGUGUCAGUUUGGCUAUUGCAGACAGCUUUUAUGCUCACAAGUGAGCCAAGAGAGGCUCUGAGUGGCAGACAGCUGCUGAAAUAGGAACCUGGCACUCCGAGGAGAGAAAGAGAUUCAUUCAACUUCUCCUUUCAGCCUCUUCCUUAUACUCUGUAACCUUUUUUCUACUCCAUAGUAACUGCAAUAAUCCUCUUGUCCAUGGAAUGCAGAUUGUGGGCAUAUUUUUCCAUCUAUAGCCCAACCACCUACUGUAAAAUCCAACUAUAUGUUGGAAAGCCCACAAUUUUUCACAUACAGUCUUGUAGAAUGUAUAUGGAUGUCAUGCCCAGCAAUCUGAUGCUUCCAUGCAAGAGAGAGCUGAUUUCUAAACCUAGACCUACUAGAAUCUGUGUCACAAUAUCCAUUCAACACAACAGAGAUAUAAUUUCACCUUCUCUUUUAAAUUUGCUUUUGAUUAAACAACUAAAAUUCAUUUACUGUUGUUCUGGUUUAUGUUUAGAUAUUGUGCCCAUCUAAGUUUUGAGACUGCUAAGACUCAGGCUUUCAUUUUCUUGCUGAUUCAUAAAAUGGGACAUGUGAAGAAUUAUUCCUGAUUUCUAGACUGUAAGUGACAUGGGGUUUUUUUGGCUGGAUGUGGUAAGUGCUCUGAUCCCAUGCACAAUUUCAUAUUUCUGGAUAAUUGGCAGUUAUUUAGAUUCCAUUUACCUACAACGUAAGAUACAUGGUACACCACAAAAUAUUUCUGGCAGUGCAGUGUUAAGCCAUCUGUCCUGGACCAGCACAAGUACAUCAAAAGCAGUAGUUCAAACAGUCCCUGAAAAGUCUUGUUCUCUUUAAGUUCUGGGAGAAAUGUAGAUGAAGGGAUGUAGACAUUCAGUGAUCCUUUUGACAUGUUCAUCUUUGAGAUUUUAAGUGGAAUUUUUUUUUUCUCCUAGGAAUAAUAGAGUUUAUUAUUUAAGUAAGGCUAUCUAGAUCCUGAGCUGCUGUAAACAGCGUUUAGCUCCAUAAACAUCACUGUAAUGGUUUGUAAUAGCUGAGGAUUCAGCUGCUUUGUUCUGUAAACCCCUUAGCCGAAGCAAUCAACAUUAAUACUAAUAAUGGAUCGGUGCUAUAAGCAAUGCAGUAAGUUGUUCACUUUCAUUUCAUUGCUUUAGAACUAAUACAAUUUGCCACUGCUUUGGAAUUUUGAGCCACAUUUGAAAAGAAAAAGGUCUUUGAAAGUUCCCUACCUAGUUCAUUUUGGGAUGUAAAUGACUAAUUUCUGUAAUAAAACUCUCUUGGUUGAUACAUUUA